AUGAACAAAUUUGACUUCGUUCGGUUGGUUAGUGAAACGUCUAUCAACGAUGAAACAAAAUUCCACAGGGACAUAUAACCAGCUACACCCUUGCUAAAUGGUUUGACGAGAAAAUAAAACCCCUGCCUGUUAACAAACAUACCUACUCUGAAGUAUUUCAGUUUUCUGAAGAGAACCGCGAGGUGGAUUUCAACGAGGCCGAUAUUUUGAUAUUGUGCGAGGUGUUAGCGUUGUUCACGAAUAUGCCCCUAGAAGAAAAGAUCCAGAUUCUCGCGAACAAGGCCUUCACCUGGAAUCGGAUCAAUGAAACACAAAACCUUCACAUCACCUAG